CCCGCGGUUGUGUGGCCUCAAAGUUGGAGUGCAAUUGGACGGCAGGCGAGCAGGAUGGCCCACGGACACCACGACGAAGAAGCGUCUACCAUCGCGACGCGCCAGGCGAUGCACGACCACCGCGUGCCGCUGGCCUACCGCGACCAGUGCGCGGGCAUCCUCAUCCCGCUCAACGAGUGCCGGCGCGACACGGGCUUCAAGCCGUGGCAGUGCCAGGACUUGCGGCACGCGUACGAAAAGUGCCAAUACGACGAGUGGAAGAAGCGCUGCAAGAUUCUCAAGGAAGAGAAGAAGGCUGGCAACUAAGCUCGUUGCGUCUUGCGGGCAGGCGCCUCGGUGCGCGGUAUGUGGUUGCGUCACGACGUCCGAGUAGCUGCCUGCGCAAUAUACAAGAUCGAUCUUCCUUGGUACUACUUUACA